AUGCCUCUUUCCACAAGUGAUAUUGCCCAGAAGUAUCACAAGAGGUUGCCAAUUGCCAACUUGCCCGAUCGCCAAUGGCCGUCAAAGUCACAAGACAAGGCUCCAAUUUGGCUAUCGACAGAUCUUCGCGAUGGAAAUCAAGCACUCCCAAGCCCAAUGAAUUUUGAACAAAAGUGGAAGUUCUUUCAUCUGCUUCUUGCAAUGAGGUUCAAGCAGAUAGAAAUAUCAUUUCCCUGCGCUUCGGAAACAGAAUUUGCGUUCACAAGAAGCGUCGCCGAUUCAUCAGGAGUGGUACCUGACGAUGUAACUCUCGAGGUCAUCGCUCCCUGUCGGAAGGAUACACUUGCUCGAGCUGUUGAAAGUAUCAGGGGUGCUCGGAAUGUCAUCAUCUUCACCUUCUUGGCGACCAGUGACAAUUAUCAAGAAACCAUCUUCGAAGCCAGUGAGGAAGCCUUGCUGGAACGCGCGAGGACUUGCGUGGAAUACCUCCGGUCAAUAACAAAGGAUGACCCCUAUGCCUCUUCGCAGACCAAUUGGUCCUUCGGAUUUGGGUUUGAGGACUUUGGCAACAGUCGACCCGAAGUCGCACUACGCCUUGCAGAGACUGUCAAGGCAGCCUGGAGGCCAACACCAGAUAAACCCAUUAUUCUUGGCUUGGCAACCAGCGUGGAAUCUUAUACACCCAAUGUAUACGCUGAUCAGGUUGAGUAUUUCUCACGCAAUAUUUCCAACCGCGACGCGGUUUGUAUAUCACUGCACACACACAACGAUCGCGGCUGCGCCGUUGCUUCUGCAGAACUCGGCACCUUAGCUGGCGCAGAUCGAGUUGAAGGCUGUCUCUUUGGCAAUGGUGAGCGUGCCGGGAACCUCGAUCUUGUUACUAUGGGCCUCAACUACCUGACACAAGGAAUUGAUCCUGGACUGGACUUUUCAAUUCUUCCUCGUGCUCGUCAGGUGUAUGAAGAAAUAACUGGGUUGCCCAUACACCCUCGUGCCCCAUAUGCAGGCGACUACUACUUCCGUGCUUUUAGUGGAUCUCAUCAAGAUGCGAUUCGUAAGGGCCUGAAAAAGUAUUCUGCGGCUGAGGCAGAGUCCAAUGUGCAACCUACAUGGCGUAUACCAUAUUUGCCUCUUGACCCGGCGGAUGUCGGUUUGACAUUCGAUUGUGUAAUUGGUAUCAAUAGUCAGAGUGGUAAGAGUGGGGUCUCAUGGGUCCUUCGGCAGGGGCUCCAGCUUAAUAUUCCAGACGUACUGGCCAGUGUUUUUUCGAAGUAUGUUAAGUCUGAAUCAGAACGUGUCAGCCGAGCUCUUGUUGAGCGAGAAGUUUGCGAUUUGUUCUUACGCACAUAUGCAGUUGGGGAGGUGGACUCUCGUGUUUGGGUCAGACAGAUCAAUGGCGCCCAGUUUAGCAUGAAUCUGGAUACCUGUGCAAGGAGAAGUGUUGGCGAUAUUGCAUUGCAUAUCUCUCAGGUCUUGGGUAGAUAUGUGCGUCCCGUUCAAAAUCACAAAGACCAGUUUAUUUCCGAGGCCACCCGGAAGGUGACUUAUGUUGAGUGUACGUUGGAUGGAGCUUCGCUUGGCUGGGGAGUUGGCAUCGGGGCCGAUGGAAAAGAGAAUGUUCGAGCGAUCAUAUCUGCACUAUCAUCUACCGGACUCAUCAAUGCAGAGACAGGUCUUCCCUCACCCCAGUCACCCACUGCAGCUUCUUUGGACGGCGGCGAGAUGUCUCUAUCGUAG